AUCUCUCUAGUUCUGAUCGAGUCAGUCUGUUCUCUAAACUGCUAAUAACACAUUUCCGACUUGUCUGUAAAUUUACCCGUAUUAUCAUUGAAUGAAGUUUAGAAAGAAGGUCAGAAGAUAGUUGUCGAACCUUUUUAAUACUUUACAUAUUACGGUGCGUCUCGCUCGUAAGAAAACUCAUAAUUUGCUUCAUAACACAACAUGUCUUUCCAAAAUUUAAAAGUAGAGCGUAUAGAAGACCAAUUGAUGAUUACUUUAUCGAAAUUGUAUCCAAUUCACAAGCCCGAUGCUUUAGUUAAGAUCGGAGAGAAGAAGUGGUCUAUGUCAGAUAACUACAUUGAGAACGGUGACAAAAUUUAUAAUUUUGAAAUUCGUCCGGAUGAUACAUGGGUCGUUACUUAUCCUCGAUCAGGUACAACUUUGAUGCAGGAACUCGUAUGGUUGGUAGCGAACGACAUGAACUUUGACGAAGCGCAACGAAGAACUUUAUCAGACAGAUUUCCCUUUAUAGACAUGGAAAUAUUAUCAGAUAGUCAAGAAAUGUUGACCAUCAUGUCUAAUAAAGAAAAGAAAAAUAUAGAUAAGUAUACUGUCAAAUUCGUGCAAAAUCAAUUGUCGCCACGUUUUAUUAAAAGUCAUUUGCCUCUUGAACUAUUGCCGACAGUCAUAAACAGCGAUUGCAAGAUCAUCUAUGUUGCUCGAAAUCCAAAAGAUGUAGUAGUCUCAUAUUAUAAUUUCCAAAAAGAUUACAAACUUUACCAGUACCAAGGGACUUUUGAACAAUUCUGUAAUAAUUUCAUGGAUAAUCACGUCCACUAUAGUCCAUAUUGGGAACAUAUAAAGGAAGCUUGGGCAAUGAGGCAUAAAGCAAACUUGCUGUUCCUUUUCUACGAAGAUUUGAUAAAAGAUUUACCUGCAAUCAUCAAGACGAUCGCCGUGUUUUUCGAUAAGGCUUAUAGCAAUGAGCAAAUUGUCAAGUUAAUGGAGCAUUUAAAGAUAGAAAACUUCCGGAAAAACCCUAUGGUAAAUCAACCAAGUCCUAGAUCGGUGAUGGAACCCAAACAGUUUGUUCGAAAAGGAAAAGUAAAUGCUUGGAAAGAAACAUUCACACCAGAGAUAGAGGAAAAAUUUAAUAAGUGGAUCGCUGAUAAUUUAAAAGAUACAGAUCUAAGAUUUCCAAACUAA